CAAAACCAAAAUAUACUUUUCUUAAUGUCUAGUUAAAAUGACGAAGAGAGUGAUGUUUAGGAUGUAGAAAUUAUUGAUUACACUAAUGAAUAUAUAGAAAGUUAAAAAUCAAGUGAAGUUUCUUAUUCUGAGAUAAAAGAUAAUGAUAUUGAACCAGAAGAUGAUAAUAAAUCUGAUGAAAAUAACAUAUCACGUUAGGACUCAAUAUCUAAUAAAUAAUCUAUGAAUUAUAGACCAAUCUUUGGUUCAGGUACUGCUGAUGAUGAAGAAAUUGUUAAAUCAUGUAUGUUAAAGGCUUCAAAAAUUAAUGAAAAAAUUAUGAAUUAAAGAAAAUAGCUGAAAGAUCAAUUCAAAGAGUUUUAGAAUGUAAUAUUAAAAAAUAUAAAAUAUAGACACUUAAUGCAGCUAGAAGCAACCUCAAAGAUUAUGAUAUGCCAUAUUAAACUGCUCAUUUUCCAUUAUAUUUAAAGACUUAAGAAAAAUUUGUGAUUUUACCAGCACAGAAUCUCAACAUCAGAAAAGGAACAGUCGAAUCAUUUAUUAAGACAAAUUUGGAAAAUGAAAACUCAGUAAAGAAAGCAGAAUAAGAUAGAAGAGUUGCAUUUAAAUAAAGAAGACCAUAUUAGAGAAGAAAAUUUGAUUCUUGAUUUAAUCAAACAUUAUCAUAUC